UCAGUAUUGAAUCACUCGCGAUAGCGGUCGGACAGGGCAACGACGCGUCUUAAUGAACAAGCUGAACAAAUAUGUACCCCCCGAACGUACUUUACCCGUGACGUCUUAGUGGCUCCCAGAUCCCCUUUCGCGCUCCCUUAAAAUAGCCGCGUCUUUGUGCAAGCCCCAACAGUAUUGCCCCAGUCGGCCAAGUGCUAACUACUCCGCCGCCGCUGAUUAGAGUUAUCGUAACCGUUGGCAACUGCCACAGCAAAGUCCCCGAGCACUGUUAACAGUUCACCGGAUAUAAUUUGCAAUUACACUGCAGCACCAGCACCAGCAGCACCAGCCUAAAAAUAAAACCAAAUAAGAUGCCUGAUGUAAAGUUCCUCGCCCUGCUGCCCACCAAUGCCAAUGCCUCCGACCGCGUGACCAGCAUGUCCGUCACCGGCACCCUGCUCCAAAAUCCACAGCAAUUCUCGGUUAACUUUGUCAACAGUCCGGAUUGUACGGACAACAUCACGUACCACUUCAAGGUGAUAAUUCCCACGCAGACGAUCGUCGAGAACUACAAACGGAACGGCGAGUGGAGCAGCCUGCACCAGGAGAAGUACCUGAACAUCUUCGACGGUACAGGCGCUAGCAAUAAGACCCAAAACCUGACCCAGAGCUUUGCCAGCAUUAUGAACGAGAUUGAUGAGGCGCUCCAACUUUCAUCCACAGAGUCCUCGUUCUGCCUAGAGUUCGCCUUCGACUACGAUAACUCCACCAUGCGUGUCUACCAGGGCAGGGAGGCGGGUCACAAUUUCAUUACCCAGUACGAGACCCUCUUCUCCCUUUCCGACAUCCAGGCGGUGCAGGUUUGGGGAGACGUGCAGAAGGUCAACCAGUUUUCCCUGGCCUACAACUGAUAGGGAGAGAGCCCCCAACCCCGAUCCCCAAGGUAGCCCCUUUAUUUUCACCUAUUUAAUCCAUUCUCUGAUCGCUUCGAUACGAGAUCGGUGGCGGGGCACACCUUUAGUCCUAACAUUGCACGACCCUAAUCCUAAUCCCUCACCGAGUAGUUCGUUGAACUUAGUUUGUUGGAUUGUUUCGCACCCAUAUUUACAUUUAGUUAGCUUGUUGGCUUGUUUUCUCUCCAUCACCGUUUGAAUUGCCUUAUUCUAAUAAGAUCUUAAAACCCUUUCGCUUAUUGCUGAAAAAAUCGUUUGAAGGUGGAUACAUUUCCUUAGGAAUUUUUUCUUUAACUUUUUGUUUUUUAAAGUAAUUUAUUUAGAAUGAUAUGACGUUGAUAUAUCAUCAGCAUAAGCUGAUAUUUGUGAUUAAAGAUUUAAGGGUUUCCUAUGUUUUUAUACAGAUUUCAUGUAUUUUUUAAAGAAUUUCGAAUAGUAUUAGAAGACUUUAGAUAUAAUUAAUAUGCAUUGAUUAAGGAUUAGGAUUGCGACUACUUUCCUUAAAUAUGUUGUAUAUUUUCAUAUUUUGCUUUAAAAUAAUUUGUAAUGUUAGGGAAUAUGGUAUUUGUCACUCUUGAUCACUCGUUUGUCGCCACCACCCACACCACUCACUUGUCUUACGACCUUGGGCUUAUGAUUCCACUGCAGCCUCUUCUAUUGCUUAUUGCCUUUAGUUGGAGUUGCUUUUUCUGUUGGUUUAUAGUUUGUAGUUCUUUGUUAAUUGUUAGGCCAAAGAUUUGUAUGUAUUAUACACGUUUAUUGUCUGUGCUUGCUGAUUUUCGCCCACAUAGUUUUUGAGCCUAGUUAUAUGUAACACCCACACACAUACCACGCCAAGUAUUAAAUAUCGCCAAUUUAAUUGAGUAAACAUACAAAUUCAUGGGAAAUUGGUUUUACUUUAAUGCUAAUAAAUUGUUCGGUUACGGAAAACCGGCUGGAAACGGG